GGACCAUCACAACGCAUAGUCUCCUCACUACCGAAAAAUUUAAGCUACUCUCUUCUUGUUCUUAAUCUUUCUUCCGUGAAAAAUUCAAAGCAAUGGCACCGGAUCUUGUUAGCGCAGUGGCCGCCGGCGGUAGGACUGCGUCCGGAGCAGAGCUGGCGAAGGCGGCGAGCUUGCCGAGCAGGGCGUACGUGACUUUCUUGGCCGGCAACGGCGACUACAUUAAGGGGGUCGUGGCUCUGGCCAAGGGGCUCCGGAAGGUCGGGGCAGCGUACCCUCUUCUGGUGGCGAUGCUGCCAGACGUCCCGGAGGAGCAUCGCCGCAUUCUGUUGGAGCAAGGGUGCCUUGUCCGGGAAAUCGAGCCGGUGUACCCGCCGGAGGGCGAGACCCAAUUCGCCAUGGCCUACUAUGUCAUCAAUUACUCCAAGCUCCGUAUUUGGGAGUUUGUGGAAUACAGCAAGAUAAUAUAUUUGGACGGAGACAUACAGGUGUUUGAGAACAUAGACCACCUGUUUGACUUGCCGGACGGCUACUUCUACGCUGUCAUGGACUGUUUCUGCGAGAAGACAUGGAGCUUCUCGCCGCAGUACAAGGUGGGGUACUGCCAGCAGCUGCCGGAGAGGGUGCCGUGGCCCAAGGACAUGGGCCCGCCUCCAUCGCUCUACUUCAACGCCGGCUUCUUCGUCUCCGAGCCCAAUCUCUCCACCUACCACGAUCUCCUCGCCACUCUCAAAGUCACCCCCACCACCUCCUUCGCCGAACAGGAUUACUUGAAUAUGUUCUUCAAGGAUGUGUACAAGCCCCUCCCUCCAUGCUACAACCUCGUUCUGGCAAUGCUCUGGCGCCACCCGGAGAAGAUCGAAUUCGACAAAGUUAAAGUUGCCCAUUACUGUGCUGCUGGAUCGAAGCCGUGGAGGUACACGGGGAAGGAGGUGAACAUGGACAGGGAAGACAUAAAGUCGUUGGUGAAGAGGUGGUGGGACAUCUACAACGAUGAAUCCCUGGAUUACAAGAACACCAUAGCUGCAGAUGCAGCAGAACAGGGGCCUGUUGGUUCUGGAAACAUUCAGCAGCAAGUCAUGGCGGCGCUAUCGGAGGCUGGCUCUGUACACCACGUUACCGCCCCGUCCGCCGCCUAGUUCUUCUGCUCGGAUAGGAUUUUAAUUGCCUAUGGAAGUUAGUCUAGCUUGAUGAUCGAUUUAGCCAUCCUUAAUGAUCUGGUUUUGGGUCUCUAAAAGUUUUUUUUUAUAUAUAUAAAUGUUGAGAGUGAGGGAAGUCGGUUCCACUCCGUUUUUUCUUGUGGUUUUUGCACUUGGUAUUGAGUGCAUAUAUAAGACAGUGUUUGGGGAAUGGGCAGCCUUUUUAUGUCCUAUAUUUAUAAUCAUUGUUCCAUUUUUUUCAUCAGUGGAAUGAAUAUGGUAUUUGCCUACUUGGGCACA